CAUCUCUGCGUGAAAGCAUUUCGAUUUGACAAGCUCUGAGAAUUUGCUGUUCGCGUUUGUUUUUUUUCCCUGCAAUCAUACCAAUAAGAUUUUUGGAAUGCCGAAGAAAAAAACUGGCCAACGUAAAAAGGCUGAAAAGCAAAAACUGCGUCAAAAAGAAAUUCGGAACCGCGAAUCUCAACUGCCGGAGCAACCAUGUAAUCUUCCAAUGGACUGUGAAAAAUGUGGCAAGAAGCAGAAAUCCCGUGCGUUUUGCUAUUUUUGUCAAAGUGUCCAACGUUUACCAAUAUGCGCCCAAUGCGGUAAACAAAAAUGUAUGCUGAAAACUGGUGACUGUGUUAUAAAGCACGCGGGAGUUUUUACGACUGGUCUGCAAAUGGUUGGGGCCAUUUGUGAUCACUGCGAGGCAUGGGUUUGUCACGGCAGGAAAUGCCUGCAAUCGCAUGCUUGUACCUGUCCUCUUAUUGAUGCUAUCUGCGUUGAGUGCGAACGAGGUGUUUGGGAUCAUGGAGGACGCAUGUACAAAUGUUGCUUCUGCGAUAACUUUCUCUGUGAAGAUGAUCAGUUUGAGCAUCAAGCAUCAUGCCAGGUGUUGGAAUCCGAGUCAUAUAAAUGUCAAUCAUGCAACAAGCUGGGUCAGUAUUCCUGUCUGAGAUGUAAAACUUGUUAUUGUGAGGAUCAUAUUCGUCGAAAGGGCUUCAAGUAUGACAAAAACAAACCGAUCCCUUGUCCCAAAUGUAACUAUGAUACCAGUCAAACGAAGGAUUUGAGCAUGUCUGUGCGCAGCCACAAAUAUGGCCGCAAACGUCAAGAUGACUCCGGAGAUGAUGAUGACUACGUCUACGAUGCCGAAUAUACUGCUUAUCGACAAGCCGCAGAUAGAUAUAACGAAACUGAUUCGGAUGACGAUGACGACUAUGAAGAUGGUUCAGACGAUGAUGAGUCCGACGAUGAUGAAGAAGAAAGUGAAGAUGAGAAAACUGUCGGUGAUGCUGGCACAAGCUCCGUCGGACAGAGCAGUAAAUAAAAAUGCAAUUGUUCCUUCGCUUUGUUGAAUUAUGUAAUUGUGGUAUAAAUAUACCGUGAGUGGGACUAUUUCGCUCAAAUAAUUAUAAAAAAUUAAUUAGUGGAAACAAACUCAACAGUUUCACCUUUUGCAUUUUAUCAAACUACUGAACUUAAAAUUUAAAAAAAUAAUCCUCGCAUUCUGCGGCCCAUUCCUUGGCGAUCAUACAGCACGUUAAAUUUAUUAACCAGCUGAUUCAUAUCGUUAGACACUUUUGUUAAAGCACCAAGGUAAGUUAUAAGACCGACGUCAUUUGAUUGCUGCAAAAAAUAGUAUUUAAUGUUUGACUUAAUAUAAAUUAAAAACUUGUGCUAAAA